CGUUUUCCUUGUUACCCACGAACGCGUGUGUUUGCGAUUCACAAUAAAUGGCUGGCUCGCUAGGCACGAUCGAUUGGGAAGAUCUGAGGAAGCAGGCGAGGCAUCUGGAAAAUGAGAUCGAUGCGAAGCUAGUGGCGUUCAGCAAGCUGGGCAUAAAUACAGGUACAAGACAUGCCACUACAGAAGAGGUUCCUCUCUUAGAUGAGGAACAGGUAUUUGAGAACAUGGCGUCAGAGAUUGAGACACUGCUCGCCAAGUUGUUUUCCAUAAACGAGAGGAUGAGCGAGUUGCAGCCAAAUGGAGCAGCUAUGUUACACACGAUGCAACGCCACAAGGAAAUAUUGAAAGACUACAAGCUGGAGUUCAACAAGAUUAGAAAUAAUUUUACGGCUAGGAAAGACCGCGAGGAUCUUUUAGGCAGUGUCCGUAAGGAAAUAGACAAUUACAAAAGUGCAACUGGAUUGAAUCGGCGCGAAAUGUAUCUUAAGGAAAAUCAACAUAUUCAUAAUUCCGACCGAUUGAUCAAUGAUCAAAUAAGCAUAGCGAUGGAAACACGGGAUCAUCUCAUGACUCAAAGACAGGCGUUCAAACGUAUACGAACUCGAUUCAACGAUAUCUCGAAUCGAUUUCCAGCAGUGAAUAGUCUACUGCAGAGGAUAAAUCUACGUAAGAGAAGAGAUUCUGUUAUACUCGGCCUCGUUAUUGGAGUUUGUACGUUUUUAAUGCUUCUGUAUGCCUUUCACUAGACGAUACAAAGAUACUUCCAUCUCCAAAUAACGAUUAUUUCACCACGGAAAUUUUUGCAAUACGUUUCACAGUAAAGAUAUACAUACGUUUAAAAGAUACUAUGGAGAUUUAAUAAAUAUGUAGGAAGUUUAGUAUGAUAGAAUAUGCGAGAUUGUAUGUGUGCGUGAAUGAUUGAGCAAGUGUUCCUUCCACUUGCGUUCAAAGUGCACGAAAAGAAGUUUGUCUGUAUAGUUUUUUUUAUACCGAAGUACAAGACGUGGGAGUAUAUAAUGUAAGUGAAACUUUCAUCCACGUUCGACUCGUUAACUUAAUAAAUGUUAAAAUAUGAUAGUCUUUGUUUGUAAUAACGCUAAUUGUAUGGAUGUAUUGAUUUUCCGAAUUCUGGAAACAGAAUAAGAUGACAUCGUGAUUUAUUUAUGUACGUAUUUUUUGUGGCGAUUAAUUUUUUUUCUAAGAAAAGGUUUUGGUGGGCAAGGGAUUUGCACAUUUUGCGGUAAAAUUAUUAUAUUUCGUACCUGUAUAAACCAAUAGUUUUGCAUUCUACGUCAUUUAACACACUUGAUGAUAACAAUAAAAAGGAAAGAAUGUAUGCUGAUUUAGCAGUUUUUCGUUAUGAAAAAAAAGUUUAGCGUUGAUCAAUCACUUCGAUAAAACGCAGAAUAGGGGAUCUUUAAAAAGAGCUUUCGGAGCGAAAAUGGUGAGUAUCUUCGUCGUUUCGGGUAAGAAUUGAUUUUACAUAUACAGACAUUUAUAUGCAUAUAUACACACAGUACAUUCUUGAGUCAUCCGCGAAAACACAGCACGGAAAAAAAAUGUUUUCACUAGAAAGCACGAUGCCUGUUUCCACGUGUACUAGAUACUACAUUUAUAAGUCUCCUCUAGAAAAUAGGAACUCAAGCGAGAUAUAAUUGUAAAAAAAAAAUAUCAAACACAAAAUGCGUUCCGUACACACUAAAGUUUCGCCUCUCUUUUACAGCCUCGAUGUAUAUUUACAUAUAUAACUUCAUCAGAGCUUCCUAUAAAUUACUUUAUGACUUUCUGUAUAAAAUCCUGCUCCUGAAUUUUUAAUUGCUAUCGCGGAUUGUGAAACCGAGCUCUGAAUUGAACGCGGUUAAUAUCUUCGAAUCGCAUCUACUGCUUCCCAUAUUUCAUUAAAGUAAUGCAGUAAUAAUAUAUCACGCCUUACAAAUAAUCAAUAGCUAAAGGAAUUAAAUCUAUGAUAAGUCUCGCUCUAACAAUAAAUAUCGCAUUUCCCUUCGUUCUUUCUUCAUUCGUUACAAAAAGGGGUUUUUUACCGAUAGUUGUAUAGAUAAUUUACAAUCGGAUGUUAUUCUCCCCUCUGUCAAUCUCCUUUAUAAAUGUAAUAUAUAGUCGUUAUCUGUGGAAAACCACGCGGUUGUUUUCACUACGUAACUACCGCGGGACGAUUUACGAUGGAGAUAACUAUGGAAACAGGUGGAUGACGAAUCUCUUUCUUUCUCUCAUACACAAACGCAUCAUUCGCACGUUCUUAAGAGUUAAAUCUAAAACGAGGGAUUCUAAUCACGGAUUGAUUCUAUUCAACUGUUCGGAUAGUAUUCUACGCUCUAAAUCUGCAUCUUUGAAGUUUUAUUAUACCAUUAGAGAUAAUAAAUCGCGAGGCCCAUAUCAUCGUCACUCGUUCUUCUUUGAAUCUCGUUCAGACGUACAAACGGACACAAACAAUCUACAUCCAAUAUACAUGCAGGCCGCACUGGUUGCUAGUUUAUGUAUCUGAAUAUAAAUAUAUCGGCUGUAUGUACUA